GUGUUGUACGUUUUUUCCGGAAAGAGCAAGGCAGGACAAAACAUUGAUACAUCGGUCUGUAUGAGUUGCAAGAAUUUGUUUGAAUUUUUUAUCAGUGGUGCUACAGUACGAUGUCUUUACAGCAGGAGGCAUAGUUACCUUAGCCACAAGUGAGUUUUUAGUUGCUUUUGCAAAUGAGCAGAUUGCGUACGCAGGUUCUACAAUUGAAUUGAUUAAGUCAGUAAGCUCCUGAUCUCUUUUCUGUGGUGUCUUGUUCUCGGGUUUGUGUACUAGAACAAGUACUUAGUUGUUUUUAUAGAGACGAGUAUUACUUCCCAUGAGGCUCUAGACUAGUAAUAUUGCUCCCUAGUCCUCCAUUUCUAUUCUUCAAGGAAGUUCGAAAAUGCCGGCUUCGCCCUCUGUUGGUUCACGUUUUAUCCCGUCUCCACGGGUGGGCGUUGCACAGUCUCCGCGGUUGCGACCUCCUCUGAGUCGAACUUUUUCCUCUGCCAAUGGGCCACAAACCGGUUCCUCGAUGCUCUUGGCUUCCUCGUCUUCUAGUACUAUCGGAGGCAGAUCAUCUGGUGCUGCUAUGCAACAGAAAUCACCAAGGAUGUCACCAAGAAGCGCGCCCCCGAAGGCUUUUGUGCCUAGCGCAUACUCAAAGGACGCAACUGACAGCCCUAGAUCGCCUUUGCAGAGUGCAAGAGCUCUGGACUACGAGAUGCCGCAUCUGCUCACACGAGCAGAAAACAAACUAGACCAACGGGAAGUUGUGCAGCUGGCGAAGGAAGGUAUCGAAUUAUCAUGGUGGAUUCUUGUCGUAGAUGAAUGUUUUUUCCAUUUACGAUGUCUUGACCAUUUUUCUCAUCAUCACUAAAAGUAUAUAAUCAAAUCUAAGCUUUAUUACUCUCGCAUGACACUCGGCAGCCAAGAAGGUGAAAUGAUCAAGAGUUCUUUGUGUAAUUAUAGAAUCAUCGAACUAUUAAUUUUAUCAAGAAUUGUUUCUGGACGACCUCGACAUGCUUCUUUCUCCAAAGCUUUGUGUCCAAACAACAGUGACGGCACAGCUCGCUGUUGCGCGGAGACGGAAAGACACGUUGUCAAAACAGAUUGCUGCCUUGAGGAAACGAGAGACUGCAGUUGCUCGAAAAGCCUACGAUGUGAAAAUCAAGUCUCAAGGAGACACGGUGAAGACAAAAGAAGAGAACGAAAAAUUCAAGCUAAAGAGCAGCGACGUGAAGGUACUUAAUACUUCAUUGAUCUGUGCGUGGUGUAGAAGCACCAUAUUUUGACUCUUGCGGUUCGACGUAGGCAAUAAAUUGUGACAGGUACUAUGUAUGAUGAGAAUUCCGAUAGGUGCGCUGGAUUUAUUGUACACAAGUACAUACAAGUCACCUCUUUCAACAAAGGUCCUCGAAAACACGCUAACCGGACUGCAAAGGGACAGUGGCAAUUUAUCCGCGGAUAUUGCACAGCUCAGACAAGACUACAAAUCAGUAGAGGAAGCACUAAAAGCGGAAACGGCUGCCAUUGCAGAAGCGCAGCAGGAGCUUCACAGGUCCUUAUCAGUGCUACAACUUGAUAGUUCGAUGGAGUUGUAAAGACCAAGAAAUGCGCUGCUACCCUUGAAGAUAGAGAUAACGGACAAAUAUGCUUCCAGUAAAGAUGCAUGAUCUUCCAAAGAUCAGAAUUUUCAUUUAGUCCAUGGACGCAAAAGUAAAAUCCUACACCUUCACACAGAAAGCGUGCCACCCUAGCGGCAGCUCAGCGCGAAAGUAUCGAAAUGCAAGCAAGACUCCGUGGUUCCCGAGUGGCAGCUCAGGUCGUUGCUGAGCGAUUUCGUGACGUGGAGCGACGAAAUAAGGCCGUCAGAAGCUGCAUUACGGGCGUCACUGCGCCUCAGGUGUCGACUAAGACGAUGGGGAUUAAGGCAAAUGGAACUCUCAUUGGCGGGUCCCGGAGUCCGCGGUUACUGGGCUAGCCUUUCGAAGCGGUUUCAUAUGUGAUUUAAUAACUACGAUAGUGCUGGCAGGCUCCGUCUUACGAUAACGAGCUAGAAAAUUAAGACUAGUGAAAUAACUAACUCCGGUUGAUUGUGUAGGCACUGGAUUUCGAUUUGAAAACGUACCAUAGUCUACUGGAAAUAUGAAAUGCAUUUAACACCUCAGUAAGGUCUUCUACCAUAUCGAUCCAUUCAUAUGUACUAGAACCAAAGCUAUUUUUAUAUAUGAGAAAUUCACUGUAGAGAAAGAACGCGUGUUUUGCCUCGAUGCGUUGGGUUGCACAGAAGUUCCACUCGCCGAUUAUGCUAAUGUCAUGGACAAUGAAAACAAUGUGAUUAUCAAUGUGUCACAUCAUGCUGAUGAAAGAAUAAUGUCAUGUACUAUGCGGGGCUCGAUGAGGAGGAUGAUCCCUAAUGAAUCUAGCCUUCGUCAUGCAGCUAUUAAGACGACAAUCACUCCCGUUUCUCAUUUAAUCAAUACGCCUAAAAUCUCUUUUAUUUCGUGGUAGCAGCAGUGCAAAACGCACGUGUGCUAUGCUUAAGCCUAUUUUUCCAACUAUUUCAACCAUAUUCAAGCCGUCAGGAACCGGGGAGAACGGCUGCUCGCUUUCUUGUUUAUUUCCGAACGAUUACAAACCGGCGACCAGAUACGUGUCGUGCCUUCGAUCAAUUUUUGCAUGAUUUUUUGUUGUACAGAAUAUUGCCAUGAUCUAUUGUAACAUGAAAGUGGAUUCAACAUAAUGACCAUGCACCAGCACAUUUCCACAUUCUCAUGCACUCUUUGUACAAAUUACACCACGACAUGUGGAAAAACGGAUGCGAUGUAACAAGCUUACACAGUGUGACAGUAAAGUCCAUGGGGAUUCAAAUUCAAAUGCGCAUGCGAGUAUCCACCUUCGUCUUCAUGAUGG